UUGAAUUCUGGUAACUUUACGGAUGGCUAUAGCGAAUUAUAAAUCUCAUGUUUAUGCUUACCGAUCUUUCAGCGUAUAUGUGCGAUGAGAUUUUGUUAAUUAUUUUUGGAAAUAAUUUCUGCCAAUAAAUUAAUGGUCGAGAAUAAAUGUCAAAGCUUCAAAAUAAAUGCAUGAGCUAGAGUGGUUGGGACGUAUAAGAAGAUGUUAUUUCGUCAAAAGUGUCGUCUUUUUGCCAUUCGAAGAUAUAAAUCUCAUUUUCUGAUGGCAAUAUUUGUUUCAUCGUGUUUAUUAUUUUUAUUGAAACACACGUUUAUAGUGGUUCAAAAUAAUUGUAUAUAUUGUUCCAUAUCAAAUAAACAUGUUCAAAAAAUCGUUUCUGAAAUUUACACAAAUGGAUCUACAGCCGAACAACCCGUUAAUCCAACCAAUGUCGAUUAUAUUUACAAACCGCUUGAUGUCUGUGAACUCCGAAAUGGACCGGAUUUCUUAUUAGUGUUAGUGAAAUCGGAUGCUGCAAAUAUUGCUCGUCGAUUAUCCAUCCGACAAACAUGGGGGAAUAUAUCACAUCCACGUAUAAAAGUUAUAUAUCUUCUAGGAUAUUACAGUGUUGUGCAGGAUAUGAUUGAUUUAGAAUCUAAUACAUAUGAAGAUAUUUUACAGGGAGAUUUUGUUGACAUUUACGAUAACAAUAUGAACAAAACAGCUAUGGCAUACCAGUAUGCUGUUGAAAAUUGUGUUAAUACUCAGUUUCUGUUCUUCGUAGAUGAUGAUUUUUUCAUAAACAUUUUGAAAAUAAAUAAGUUUUUAGCAACAUUAUCUAUAGCUGAUAAAUCCCAAUUGUUUAGAGGUUUUGUCAUAAGUGGUAUGACGCCGUAUAGGAACAAAUCUUCGAAAUGGUACUUAAGUCACGAGGAAUAUCCGUAUGACAUUUUCCCGACGUACCUUGCCGGUGGUGCUAUUCUCAUGUCGAUGACUAUUGCUAAGUUAUUAAGAACGACAUUCCCAUAUUUAAAAUACAUUCAUAUUGACGAUGUUUACCUUGGAAUCGUGGCUUUGAAACUGGAUCUUGAAGUACAAAAUGAUGAAAGAUUCAUUCUUUCGUAUACACAACCUCUGCGCUUGAAGAAUAUGUUUGCAUCUCAUGGAUAUGGAGACCAUAGACAACUCUUGAUUAUCUGGGAAAUCUUUCUAACUUCAAUGUCUUUUAAUUCGUCAUCGGAUCUCAAUAUAGAGUUACAUAGAAGAAUGCUAAAAAAGCUUAAGUUUUAGCAUUUGUUUUUUGCGUUUUUUUUCGUUAAGAGAUUUGAUACUCGAGAGUAUAUAUUUAUUAAAUUAUCUGAGAAUACAAUCUUUACAUUCAGUCAAAGUCGUUCAAAAAAAUAGACGUUUCUUUGGAAAAAAACUUAAUUUCAUAUUAGAUCACCGAUAAAUAAACAAAUGUCAGGCUCAAUAGUCUGAACAGUAAAUCUUUAAAUAAACAAGAUGAUUAUGUCGUGUACAAAUUGCGAUUUUGUACAGGUUAUAACCUGUACAACAGUAUUGUACAUGUUAUAACUUGUAUUAUGCAAAAAUACAAGUUAUAACAUGUACAAAAGUACCUCAUACAUGUUAUAACUAAAUGUUGUACCAAAUAUUGCUUAAAAAUGGUUUUAACUUGUACAAAAUUAAAAAUACAUCUUGAAGAAGUAAAAUAUACAUUUAAAUUCACCAAUGCAUAAAGAACUACAAUGAAUAGACUAGAACGUGUCUUUUUAUGUAAAGGACAAUGAUCACAAAGUUUCAGAAAUAUAUGUUUCAUGAAUAAUGUUGGCAAAAUGUGUUUUCAUUUAAUUGUAUGUUUUAUGCAGUCCAUCAUGGUUUACAUAAGUGUGAAACUAUUUACUAAAAGCUUGCAUAUCUCAAUGACAUUUACAUUAGAUAAACUAGUUUCUCAAUUCUCCCAAAAUAUUUAAAAACCAUUUUAAAUAAUCUUAGAAAAUUCUCCUCCCUCUCGUUUUUAUAGCAUGCACAGACUAAAAAAAUGUCUUAUAUGCUAACUCUGUAAAAGCAAAAGAAGCUGAAAUAGUAUUCAUUGGACUAUGCUUUAUUGUCAAUAUCUUUGGACCUACUCUUCCACAUUUUUGGCCUUCAGCAUGAUUUAUGUAAAUUUAUAAGUCACUUUUUUUUUAUAAACUAUAAGAUCAUUGCAUGAGGCGAAUGACAUUUUGAUGUUUUAAAUAUAUAUCCUUUUCUUUGAAAGCAUUUAUUUUUAGCCUUUGGAUGUUGUCUGCUUCAUUAGCGGGUUGUUGUCGUUAGACACAUACCCAAAUUUCAAUUCCCAAUUGUAUUUGUAGACACAUCUAUCGUGGAUAUCCUCUUAUGUCUUUUAGUGUCAACUAGAAUGAAAGUAUUUUACUAUUGCCUUCAACGUGGACACUCAAUUGUAAUUCAUCAAAUAAAGAUACGUCCAUAGAUAGUCAUAAGAGGAUCAUAAGACAUGAAUGUUUCGUAAUACCGACCCCUGGACAUUAAUAACUGUAUCGAAAAAGGACAAAACACACUAACAUGAAGGAAUAAUAAAAAAGUUAUGAAAUUGUUAUUAAGGUCAAUAUCAUCUGUUGCGAUUAUAAAAACAUUUCCUUAUUUUUUUAUUUUGUUCAAGUGUAAACCAUUUUUAAGCAAUAUUUUG